GCUAAAUAGCCAUCCUUAUUUUGUUGUCUUUCAAAAACCCUACUAAAUUUUAGUUCAUUCGGUGAUUUUUAUUAGUGGUUUUAAUAAUGGCCAAUAUAUCAGCCAAACGAAUUAAAAGGGAAUUCAAAGAAAUCAUGAAAAGCGAAGAGGUGGCCGGAGGCGCGAUCACACUGGAGCUGGUGAACAACAGCUGGACGGAACUGCACGGCACCAUCGCCGGGCCGCUCGACACGCCAUACGAGGGCGGCACCUUCCAUCUAGAAAUCAAAGUGCCUGAGACUUACCCGUUCAAUCCGCCCAAGAUCCGUUUCAUCACAAAAAUCUGGCAUCCUAACGUAUCGUCGGUCACCGGCGCGAUCUGCUUAGACAUCCUGAAAGACCAGUGGGCCGCCGCGCUCACGCUCCGCACCGUCCUCCUAUCCAUACAAGUACUGUUGUCCGCCGCAGAGCCCAACGACCCGCAGGACGCGGUCGUCGCAAAACAAUACCUAGAAAACCAACACCUCUUCAAUGUCACCGCGAGGCAUUGGACCAACAUCUACGCGGGCGGGCCGACCGCCAUUCACGAUUGCAACCAGAAAAUACAAGUCCUCCUAGAUAUGGGUAUAAACGAGGACCAGGCCAGGGUAGCGCUUUCCACCUACGAUUGGAACCUCGAAAGAGCGACGGAGCAGAUAUUUAGUUAGUGAGAUCCUUUAAGCGGUGUAAGGUCAGAUGGGGAAUGAAAGUCGAGUCUAGUGCACUCUAUGGAUAGAU